CAAAUGUAGAAACCCUGUUUUGUUUUCAUAAGAAAAAAAAGAAAAGAAAAAGUUGAAGAAAUAGCCUCUCCUUCUUCCUGCCCUUGAUUGAAACCAAACCAGAACUGGACACAACCAACUGCGCAUCCCAUCCUUCCGACGACGAGACUUCUUCCGUUCCGUUCGACUAACGAACUACUCAAUUUAGAGACAAGUAUUAGUCAUUGCACAAUCGCAUUUUUUGUACCUCAAGCUACUCCACUCUUCGGGAGAGACAGGCUUUCUUUGCUAAUGCAAAGAUGAGUUCGUUCUCCAUUACGAGGAAAAAGACGCCAUUUCAGAAGCAUAGAGAAGAGGAGGAGGCAAAAAAGAAGAGAGCGGAAGAUGAGACUGCUCGCCUGUAUGCUGAAUUUGUAGAGUCAUUUCAAGGGGAUAAUGCUCCCGGGUCAAAGACUUUUGUUCGAGGAGGAACAAUUAAUCCCAAUGAUAAAUUGAAAGACGAUUCUGAGGGUGAAAAGUCCAAAGAGGGGGUAUCUGGUCCAAAGAAGGGAAGUAGAUAUGUACCAUCUUUUAUACCGCCUCCAUUGGCAACCAAGGGGAAAGAAUCUGAAAAGAAAAAAGAGGAAGAAAAGCCAAAGGAAAAAGAGAAAGGAAAGUCAAGGAACAUUGAUCAUUUUAUGGAGGAGCUAAAGCAAGAGCAAGAGAUGAGGGAGAGACGAAAUCAAGACCGUGAACAAUGGCGUGAUGGGCGUAUUGGAGAGCAUUCUAUUUCCAGUCGUUUUGAUGAACUACCUGACGAUUUUGAUCCAAGUGGAAAGCUUCCAGGAUCAUUUGAUGACGGUGAUCCACAAACUACAAAUCUUUACGUUGGAAAUCUCUCACCCCAGGUUGAUGAAAACUUUCUUCUGCGCACUUUUGGAAGAUUUGGACCUAUUGCUAGUGUGAAGAUAAUGUGGCCUCGAACAGAGGAGGAGCGAAGGCGGCAAAGAAACUGUGGUUUUGUUGCAUUCAUGAACAGAGCUGAUGGACAGGCUGCAAAAGACGAAAUGCAAGGAGUCGUGGUUUAUGAGUACGAAUUGAAAAUUGGAUGGGGAAAGUCAGUUGCCCUCCCAUCACAAGCAUUACCUGCACCUCCACCAGGGCAUAUGGCCAUCAGGAGUAAGGAGGGUAACACUGUUAUCUUGUCUGGCCCAUCAGGUCCACCAGUAACAUCAGUGCCUAGUCAGAACUCUGAACUGGUUCUUACUCCUAAUGUUCCUGAUAUAAUGGUUACACCUCCUGAGGAUGAACAUCUAAAGCAUGUAAUUGAUACAAUGGCUCUGUAUGUAUUGGACGGAGGAUGUGCUUUUGAACAGGCUAUUAUGGAGAGGGGUCGUGGCAACCCUCUUUUCAAUUUCUUGUUUGUUCUUGGCUCGAAGGAGCAUACCUAUUAUGUUUGGAGGCUCUAUUCAUUUGCUCAGGGUGAUACUCUUCAAAGAUGGCGAACUGAACCUUUUAUCAUGAUAACGGGUAGUGGAAGAUGGAUUCCUCCUGCAUUACCGAUAGCGAAAAGUCCAGAACAUGACAAAGAAUCUGGCUCCACACAUGCUGCUGGAAGGAGCAGGCGUGCAGAACCUGAAAGAACCCUGACUGAUGCACAGAGGGAUGAGUUUGAGGAUAUGCUGCGUGCUUUAACAUUAGAGAGGAGUCAGAUAAAGGGGGUUAUGGGGUUUUCUUUGGAUAACGCCGAUGCAGCUGGCGAGAUAGUUGAAGUGUUGACGGAAUCCUUGACACUUAAAGAAACCCCUAUUCCUACUAAAAUUGCAAGGCUUAUGCUUGUCUCUGAUAUUCUUCAUAAUAGUAGUGCUCCUGUAAGAAAUGCAUCGGCUUAUCGCACCAAGUUUGAAGCAACAUUACCUGAUGUAAUGGAGAGUUUUAAUGACUUGUAUCGUAGCGUAAUGGGGCGUAUUACUGCUGAAGCCCUUAAGGUACUGAAAACCAGUAGACUGCCUUGCUAUAAUUUCUUAUUAUUCUUAUUCUGUUUACAAUCUUUAUCUGAAAUGUUGCAGGAGCGAGUACUGAAAGUUUUGCAAGUAUGGGCCGAUUGGUUUCUCUUUUCAGAUGCUUAUGUUAAUGGCUUAAGAGCCACUUUCCUUAGACCUGGGAACUCUGGUGUAAUACCAUUCCACUCCAUAUGUGGUGACGCACCUGAUAUUGAGCAGAAGAUCACUUCUGAUGAUGCUAUUGUUGGUGGCAAGACCGACCAAGAUGCUGCAUUGGCAAUGGGUCGAGGAGCUGCAACGAAAGAGCUAAUGAGUCUUCCUCUUGCUGAGCUGGAAAGGCGGUGCCGACACAAUGGAUUGUCACUUGUUGGUGGUAGAGAAAUGAUGGUUGCACGGUUGCUAAGUCUUGAAGAGGCAGAAAAGCAAAGAGGUUAUGAACUAGAUGAUGGAUUGAAAUAUCCCGGCAACCAAACAAGUUCAGGGAAAAAUUCAAGUGGUCAGCGAGAAACAAGUGCAGAUCCUGAACCAAUGGGAUUGUCUGGAUUGAAUCAUUAUGGGGAUGAAGAUUUGCAGUUGCAAGGCAAAGGUUAUGCACCUUUAGCGCCAACCCUUCCUAUUCCACAGCCUGAACUUAAAGCCUUCGCAAAAAAAGAGAAGAAUGAUCUGGUUCUGCCAGCCUCUAAAUGGGCUCGGGAGGAUGAUGAGAGUGAUGAUGAGCAAGGGAAAGGUGGGAAAAAUCUUGGGUUAAGCUACUCAUCCUCUGGUAGUGAGAAUGUGGGUGAUGACCUUAUUAAAGCUGAUGAAUCAGAGGCUGCUGCUGAUUCAAGUUUUCCAGCUCAUGCUGACAGUGGAAUGAAUGAAGAGCAGAGACAAAAGUUGAGACGCUUGGAGGUUGCUUUAAUUGAAUAUCGCGAGUCUCUUGAAGAAAGGGGGAUUAAAAAUUUGGAAGAAAUUGAGAAGAAAGUUCUGAUGCACCGGAAACGGCUGCAAGUGGAGUACGGGUUAUCAGAUUCUAAUGAAGAUGGUCAAGGCAGUAGGAAAACAUCUUCAGAGAGGAGGGAUAGGCAUGAUGUCUCAAGGAAACGGCACCGCAGCCAUAGUCCAAGUCGUAGUCCACAACAGAAACCGUCAAGCAAAGACAGAGAUAGAGAACGAGACAGAAAAAGAGAUAAAAGUUAUGAUUUUGACAGUGAUAGAGGAAGAGACAGGCUCAGGGAGAAGAGUGGAAGCAGGGAGAGGGAUGAUCAUGAUAGGGAUAGAGGCAGGGACAGAGACAGAGACAGAAGAAGACGCGCCAAAUAGCAUUUCACAUGCACACCAGAGAUCUGUAACCUUAACCGUUUGCAGACGGGUUUGUAAGAGUUCGAACAGUUGGCUUUUUGUCAUCAUAGGGGGGAAUCUUGGUAAAAGAUAGAAAUGAAAUGUCUGCCAGAAAAUUGUGUUGCUAAAGACAAUCUUUGAAAAUGUUGAAGAGAAUCUGGCCCUUGAUACCCCUAUAAGUUUAACUUCAUGUAAUUUUAAGAUAAAAUCUUGUUAAUUUUGUGAAGUAGUGAAUGAUGCUGCACAAUCCCUUUUGUAAUCAAGAAGGUUCUGAGAUAUUGGGCUGACAUUUUUUUCAAAAAUAUUUUUACUGGCUGUUAAUUCAGUUAUAUAGGUGAGAAAUGAUAUUUGAACAUCCAUUUUGUGACAA